UGUUUCUUGUUCUCCUCUCAGCUCCUGUGCACGGUGGUGGCUGACAUCUCAGCCCGAGCUUUGACCACAUCCACCGCAGACGACCAGCCCCUCCUCUCUCCACGCCACUAUCAGCACACAGACCGGGACUCUGGCACCCAGCUGGUCUGUGACAAGUGCCCAGCAGGCACCUACGUCUCCGUCCACUGCUCUCCGACAACAGUGAGGGAGUGCAGCCCCUGCCCCAGUGGCACCUUCACACGGGGCGAGAACGGCGUCCAGCAAUGCCACCGCUGUCGGGCUCCGUGUCCCGCAGGCUUCAUCGAGAAGGCGCCGUGCAUGGCCACCCAGGACCGAGUCUGCACCUGUCCGCCCAACACAUUCCUGUUGAAGAGCGGUGGUCUGGAGUGCAAGCCCCACUCCCUGUGCCCACCCGGGACCCGGGUGAAAAGGCGCGGCAACGAAAAGGAAGACGUUCUCUGCAAGCCGUGCACGAAGGGCACGUUUUCUCAGGUGGAAUCCAGCGCCAUGAGUUGCAGAAAUCACACAGACUGCAAAGCUCUGGCAAGGCUGCUGUUGACACCAGGGACAAGACAAACGGAUAACGUGUGUGGACCCCCUUCUGCCACUUUGUCAUCUGUCCCCCCGACCACUCCACUGGGGCCUGCACAGGCUGUGUUUGUUCAGGAGACGAUGAUGUCAUCGGUCUCCCCAUCAUUGAAUGGGCAUGAACGUAAAGAUCCCUUGAGCCAGUCAGCAGCCAUUCAACUGAGGAAAACUGUAGGCGGGGAAGACGGAGGAGUGGAGUUAAUGCUUACCCAUUCUGGCGUCCCCACCCCACCAAAUCAGGAAGCGUCAUGGACUCCCUUGUCAGUGGCUCGAAAGCAAGCCAUGGAUCUCAAGCAAGAAUUGGGCAAGUCUGAUGCUGAUCCUGAGCCUGGGGCAAAUAAACCAAGAAUGGAGGGUCCAGUAGGCCCAGAAGUAGUUAGGGUUGGAACAAGCAUCAGUAACGUGGUUAACUCGGGGAAUGCGGGUGAAGCCUCCAACUACUACAGGCCCAACCGCAGAGGGUCACCAAGGCCGACCAUGCACGAUCAUUUUGACAUCAACGAGCACCUGCCCUGGAUGAUAGUUCUGUUGCUCCUGCUGGUGCUGGUCGUGAUCGUGGUGUGCAGCGUCAAGAGGAGCUCUCGGGUGCUGAAGAAGGGCCCCAUGCAGGACCCAAGCAGCAUCAUGGAGAAGGCAAUUCACAAGAAGACAUCUGGGACUCCAACACAGGUCAGAGAGAAGUGGAUCUACUACUACUCCAAUGGCCAAGGCGUGGACAUCCUGAAGUUGGUGGCGGCCCAGGUGGGCAACCAGUGGGUGGACAUCUAUCAGUCUCUGGCCAACGCCACCGAACGUGAGGUGGCCGCCUUCUCAAAUGGCUACUCCUCCGAUCACGAGCGAGCGUACGCCGCGCUGCAGCACUGGACCAUCCGAGACAGCGGGGCCAACCUGGCCAAGCUGAUCAACGCCCUGCACCGGCUGCGCCGCAUCGACGUGGUGGAGAAGAUCCGCUGUGUCAUGGAGGACAACCCGCAGUUUGACAUCAACCAGCUGACGACCACAGUGAAUGUAAGCCAAAGCCUCAGCCCCAUCCACAAGCUGCUGGAGUCGCCCAGCAGCAGCGGAAGCAGCAGCAGUGGCGGCAGCAUGUACCGAGCCGGCGGCGUCGGACCUGUCCAAUCGCCUAUGGACCGAACCAAAGGUUUCUUCGCCGAUGAAUCAGAACCGCUCCUCCGCUGCGACUCCACGUCCAGCAAAGACUCCGCCCUCAGCAGAAAUGGCUCCUUCAUUACCAAAGAGAAGAAAGACACGGUUCUCCGGCAGGUUCGCCUGGACCCGUGCGACCUUCAGCCAAUCUUCGACGACAUGCUGCACAUCCUGAACCCUGAGGAGCUGCAUGUCCUCGAGGAGAUCCCCACCGCCGAGGACAAGCUGGACCGACUGUUUGAGAUCGCCGGAGUGAAGAGCCAGGAGGCCAGCCAGACGCUGCUGGACUCCGUCUACAGCCACCUGCCUGACCUGUUAUAGUGGAGGGUGUAGGGAGAGAGGGAAAAAUAAAUAAUAAAAAAAAAGCACACAGAUGUUCAAAGGCAAAGGGAUUGGGUGUAGUUAAGACUUAGUUUGAGUUGAUUUUUUCAAACUGGUGGAGUUGGACUCAUGAGGCCACUAGUGUAACACGGCUCCAGCAGGUUAUUUACCUUUGGUCUGCUCCCUCUGAUGAGUCCGGUCAAUCCUGACCACUCCUUCAUUCCUUCUGUAUAAAAACCCCCUCUGCUGCGCCACAUCACCACUGGUGAUGCUAACUGUGAGGCUCCAAGGCCUUCUGGGUUUUAAAGAGUUGAGUCCAAACGGCUUGAAUUAUGUACAGACUCCACUCAACUAGCACUUUAUUUAUCUGAAACGGCCAACGCCUUCUUGUUUAAAGGACAAUACCGGUGUUUUUUCUUGUUUGUGCCAAUCAUUUAGGCCCUUCUUGCCUUUACUAAUAUUUCAGUGUAAAAGUUAUAUUUAUUAUUAACACAACAGGCAAUGGUAUAUAAGCUAUAACUCUAAACAACACUGGUAUUAUUCUUUGAUUAAGGUUCUUGUAAAUCAAAACGGAUUGGGCUGAUUUCUGAGUCGUGUGCCUAAACGUGUUCCCUUCCACAAAUCUUCGCUUUGUUUCCUUCCUGCUGCCUGAUCCUGAAGGGGGGGAUGGGUGUUUUUUGGUAGCUUGUGACCACCAGCAGGUAGUAGCAUCACUUCAACAGUCUGACACCAAAUGCAUCGAUUAAAAUGAUUCGAGACUGAAGGAAUGCAGUGCCUCAUAAAGCACCUCAGGCUUUUCCACAUUUGGUCAUGUUACAACCACAAACCCUAUGUUCUUUCAAUGGGAUUUUAUAUUAAAGGCCAAACUCAAAGUAGGGUAUUGCUAUGAGGAAUGGAAGAAGAUACAAAUUAAAAUCUGAAAAGCGUAGUUUGCUGUUUUGUUGAAUUUUCUGACCCGGCCACAUGUGGGCAGAUUUUUUUUACCUCCUCCGGCAGUCUUAAGAGAUGGGAUCAUUUGGACCUCACAUGUGUUUUACGAGGUUUUCUUUGUGUGGUUUCUGGAAUUGACGAUCUGAUGGCACAACAGCCCACCUCCCUACGCCUCAUUGCUCUCUGACCGUCACAUUUACCACGCUCCUCAAAGUCCUGACCUUCAUCCAGUUGAACAUCUCUAGCUCCACUUCAGAUUAGAUUUUGAGACACACUCUCCUUCCAACAAGCAGAACCUUUUCAGUUUUUAGAUGUUAAACAUAAAGUAACCGCAAAAGUGAUGAAAGGCCAUCACAGGUUCUGGUUGUAAAGUGACAAAUCGCUAAAAAGCUCAGAGGAUAUCAAUACUUAGACAUUAUUUUAGCUCACCUGCCAGUAGGAGAAAUGCCUUUUUUCCCCCUGUUUUGUUUUGAACUUCACUGGGAGAGAAAAUCUCUUAACUGCCCGUUUGGUGAACCCUGACCCCACAUGUGAGCCCAGUGCAGCGCUGAGAAAGGGUUCCUGAUUCAUUUCAGAGCUUCCUGGCAGCAUCAAGGGAAAUAACUCAGUCCAGUUUUCUAGAUGUUUUAUGUUCUUGAUAUUCCAAUGUAAUACUCAUGCACUAAUGGUAAUUUCUGUAUGUGCUUUUGUCUUGUUUUGUUUUGUUUUGUUUUCCAUACUCACUUUGAUUUACUAUUAUUAGUUAUUGUAGCAUGUGGGUUUCUCUGUCCUCUGUUUGUAUGUUUUUGAACCCCUCCAUCCCUGGCUGGGGUUCCCUCGCUGGGCUGUAACAUAUGCAUACUCUGUACUCUACUUGAAGUCUGUUACUUGUGCUCACCAAUGAACAGAGUGCAGUCUACCGAUUCCUUUAACCUUAAACAGUUUAAACCUCAUGAACCCCCUCCGUCUUCAACGCAUCACGGAACGAGGAGGCGACGUUCUGCCAGAACCUCUGUGGUGUGGACUCUCGCCUUUCGGCCUGGCAGUGGAGAACUAGGACAUGAUGGAAGGAAAAUGGCUGCUUCAGGUACUGCAGCUUGGAUGGAUGUGACUGAAGGCGGUGCUGCUGUGGACUGCAGUCUGGAUGACGGCGGUGAGGAAGUGUGAAGUGGCUGUCCGCUGCGCUGUGGGGUUACUUGUGUCUGAGAAGAUGAUUUCAUCAAAUUCACAACUCAAAUGUAACCAGUAUGUUUACUCUUCAGAUUAACUAAAUAAAGCUAAUUUUUUUUUCUUUUUCA